AUGACCCAGCCUUACCCGCUCGAUCUGCAAGUCCCGAGCAACAAAGGUUAUGAUGGCCGUACGGACCCUGAGGUCAAUGUCAAUACUUACUACGACAACAUGAUGAUGAUGGGCGUGUCUGACGCCGUGAUGUGUAGGGCUUUCUACUCCACGCUUUCCGGUCGAGCGGCGGAGUGGUUUCGAAUGUUGCAGCCGGGUUCCAUCUCGGAUUUUGCCACUUUGGCAGUGAAAUUUAUGCGGAAGUUUGUUACUUCCAAGAUUGUGAGAAAGCCCUACAUGUACUUGGAGAAGGCCAAGCAGCUGGAGGGGGAAAGCUUGUCCGACUUUUUGGACUUCAUCCUCCAUCCCCCGACCACGUACGAAGAGGCCCUCCGAAGGGUGACGGAUUACGCUAACGCCGGAGAAGCGAAUGCCGUCACGAGAUCGCAAGAGGUCGGGACUUCAUCCUGUAAACCCAUCGGUCGGGCGGAGCAUCGAUCGGGUGAUGAUCAUCCCCUACCCCGCACCCGGCCUGGCGAGUUCACGUCUUUGAACCGAUCUGCGGCGGAAGCCAUGCAGUACGCCCAGUCCUGCAAUCUCAUUCGCCUCCCUCAUCCCGGGCAAGACGGACCGGAUAAAUCUAAGCAUUGCGCUUAUCACCGUUGUGUCGGGCAUGACACGGAGGAGUGCACACACUUAAGGCAGCUGUUGGAAGACUUGCUCAGUAUGGGAAAGCUGAAUAAGUGUGUGGGUAAAAGGGAAGAGACAAAGAAGGAUACCGACCAGAGAGAUCACAGGCGCUCUCACCACCGCUCAGAUCGCUCCGAUCGUUCAGAUCGGUCGGGUCAAGACCAUAGGGACCCGGACCCUAAAUCUAGCAGCCGACCAGCGGCCAAACCGACCAUCCAUGUGAUCUUUGGCGGUUUGGAGGACGCUUCCGGACCGAGGGAGAAUUGCCCAGUCGCGAUCGUAAAUUCCCGUGAUACCAGGAAAAGGCAGAAGAUGGAGCCCAUCACCUCCACCCUGGAGGAUUAA